AUGGCGGCAGCGGCCAAGGAGCCGAGUUGGGUGGACUGGGACGAAGAGGAGGAAGAGGAGGAGGAGGAAACAGAGCAGUUGGUUAUGGUGGAAUUAUCAGGAAUUCUUGAUUCAGACUUGCUCUCAAAAUGUGAGAAUAAAUGCAAGAUUUUGGGAAUUGAUACUGAAAGGCCCAUCCUGCAAGUGGACAACUAUGUCUUUGCUGGAGAGUAUGAAGACACUGUUGGGACCUGUGUUAUAUUUGAAGAAAAUGUUGAAUAUGUGGAUGCAGAAGGCAGUAAUAAAACAGUGCUAAAAUAUAAAGGCCACACAAUGAAGAAGCUCAGCAUGACAAGGACUCUUCUGACCGAGAAGAAGGAAGGGGAAGAAAACAUAGGUGGUGUGGAAUGGCUGCAAAUCAAGGAGAAUGAUUUCUCCUAUAGGCCCAACAUGAUUUGUAAUUUUCUGCAUCAGCAUGAAGAGGAUGAAGCGGUAGCUCCAGACCCAGAUAAAUCUUUGGAGUUGGACGAGCACGAGAUUCAAAUGAAAGAUAAUUCAAACCUGGCUUAUGAACAGGAGAAACCACCAAACUUGGAAAUAGAGGAUUCUGGUCCUCUUAUUGAUCUCCCUUCUUUUGAGACAGAAGGGUCUGUUUUUAUGGAUACUCAAGAAACCGCCUUAGAAAUCACUCCUAGAUGA